AUGCAAAUUUUACAUUUCGACAUUAAGUCUCAGAACAUUCUUCGUGAUGAGAAUUUCAAGCCCAAAAUUUCGAAUUUUGGCUUAGCGAAAUUGUACCCAGUGGAAGAUAGUCUUGUUCGUUUGACUCGUGCAAGAGGAGCGUUUGGAUACAUGGCUCCUGAAAUGCUUUACAAAAAUAUUGGAGGCGUUUCAUACAAAGCUGAUGUCUAUAGCUUUGGAAUGUUGUUGAUGGAAAUGGUAAGCAGAAUAAAGAACGUGCAUGCAUCUGCAGAACAUUUAAGCCAAAUUUACUUCCUCACUUGGAUAUAUGAUCAAUUCCAUGAUGAAAAGAAUAUAGAAAUACAAGAUGCUACUGAAGAUGAAAGGACAAUAUGUAAGAAGAUGAUGAUAGUCGCAUUAUGGUGCAUACAAUUGAAGCCUAGCGAUCGUCCAUCAAUGAACAAAGUCGUCAAAAUGCUUGAAGGAGAUGUUGAAUGCUUACAAGUUCCUCUCAUGCUUCUCCAACCAUCAGUAAAGUGA